AUGAGACGGCGUCAAUCGUGUGCCCGAGAGAUUUCAAGGCUGUUGCCGGCCUUCCUGCUGGCCGUCCUGGGGUCCCUGUACCCUUUUGCGGCUGGCCAGAACUAUUGUGACCCGGAUCUAUGCCCCAGCGGCAGACACGUGGCGUGCCAGAACAGCGGUCGCUUUGCCAGCGGCUGCCGCGGCGAGUUCGUGCAGAUAGAUCCCUACAUUCAGCUGAUCCUGCAGCUGCACAACGAGCGCCGCAACCAGAUCGCCGGCGGAGGAGUGAGCGGCUUCCCCAGCGCCGUUCAAAUGGCCACCAUGAGCUGGGACCCGGCCUUGGCCCAGUUGUCCGCCUACAAUGUACUGCAGUGCCGCAUGGCACACGACGAGUGCCGCAACACCAACACGUACCGCUACGCGGGCCAGAACCUCAGCAUUCUCUUCACCCGCAGCGUAGAUGUGGACGAUUUCCUGCGCCAGCGCAUUGCCUCCUGGUUCGAUGAGAACCGAUAUGCAACCAGCGGCGACAUGGAGAACUAUCAAAUGCGUGGCGGCCCCGCCAUCGGGCACUUCACAACGAUGGUGAACGAGCGGAACAACCGCGUGGGAUGUGCCGUUGCCCGAUUCACGGACGCCAACAAUGUGCAGGCCACGCUGCUGGCUUGCGAUUAUGCCGUUACAAAUGUGCUCAACAACCCCGUCUACCGCGCUGGUGCCCCAGCCUCCGAGUGCACAUCGGGUCGGAAUCCCACCUAUCCCAAUCUCUGUGCCGUCAACGAGAACUACAACUACAACCAGUGGUCGGGCUGA